AUGUUUGUUAUGUUUGUCAAUGGUAGGAGUUCAUCGUGUAUUUGGAGUAUCAUCUUGGCAUCCAGUUUCCUAUCAAUUAGUUGCUUCUCUAUUUUGAUCAUGGCUAACUUGAUGAUAUCGGCUGCAGUGCCCUGUGGCACAGUGUUCCUUGCCUUUCUCUUUGCGCUCUCACGAUCCUCUUCACUAAAUACAGCACUAAAGUUCCUUCUUCUCUCUGUU